UUCAGACUACUCAAAACAUUUUGCAUUUAUACCUGUUAUCUGGGUCAGGUAACAUACCUGAGAAGUGAAUAUGAAGGUGUAGAAUUGAACAACAAAGUUUAAACAAUGUAUAAAUGGUUGAUUGCAGGCGUCCUAGUGACGAUAAUCGUAACAGUGCGAUGUCAGGACCCGGAGAUUGUAGAUGAGAUUUGGCCGGAAGUGAAGCCUGUUGGUCGGACCGCUCGUCUGAACUGCACAGUCGUCAACAAGCAGAACAACGUCGUGUUGUGGAUCCACGUGAACACGAGUCAGACGAUUAGUAAGGAUGACACGAUUGACCUUGACAAUGAGAUCGUCGGGGGACUGCGGAAGUACGAGGUUAAAAUCCGGCCGUCGGAGAACCGAAUCACGUUCAUGUUGAUCGUACGACGACUCCGCGAACAGAAUGCGGGUUACUACAAGUGUCUUGUGAGAAUCCAGGGGAGGGAACCCAAGGAGUGGCCAUCGAAAGUCGGCAUUCUCACUGUCCAAGUUCAACCAGCCAUCAGGCCAGGGGAGACAACUACGGUACUGAUAGUGGACCAAAACGAUAACAGUCAGUUGUUGUGUAAAGCGACAGGGAUACCUCAUCCCAACAUCACAUGGGUUCGGUCUGACGGUGGGUGGCUACCAACGGGGGCCGCACAGUCCAGGGGAGAAGUCCUGCAGCUUAAAAACGUGACUGUUAAAAUGGGUGGGGUGUAUCGCUGUGUUGCCGACAACAACAUACGACCGCCAGCCCAGCACCUCGCCCAGGUUCUAGUAUUCGAUGCACCCACGGUCCGAGUUGUUCAAGAUUCAGUCGGCCAGGCACAGAACCGACGAUUCCACGCAAAACUUGAGUGUAUUGUACAAGGUUACCCCUCCCCGAGUGUGAGGUGGGAGAGAGUGGUGAACAACGGCCGUGCGCAGAUCAACGACGACGACAAGUUUGAUUUCAACAAGCAGACGACGGACAAUCAGAACCUGAUGUCGGGCGAGCAGUGGUACACGCUGAAGGUGAAGAACGUCCAGGCCAAUGACUACACCACCUACUUCUGUAUCGCCACCAACAGCAAGGGCACCAACAUGGCCACUAUCACCUUGUUUGAAACGACAGAAUGUCAAGGACCGAACUGUCCGUCUCUGCCGAGUUCAGAUACUGUGUACAUAAAAUCUUCACUGCUUGUUCUCGUCGCUUCCAGUCUCCUGCAUAUUACAUCUCUGUACUUUUUCCAUCGGUAGUCCUAAUAGAAUCCAGAAUCAUCUUGUUACAAUCUGCAGAUUAUUGUCGUCAGUUACAAUCUGCAGAUUAUUGUCGUCACUUUUGAAAAGUCAUGAAUCAACAAUAAAGGUGCUGAGUAGCACAACUAAAAACAUGGCAGAUUACAGGUAGCACUAUACCAAAUAACAUUGGUUUAAAUCUAAUUAAAAUUAGCUCCACUGGUUAAUUACUAUUGCGUGGUUUAUUACCUGUGGAUGUAACAGCACCCCAUUGGAGCUCCUGCCCAGUUGACCUUUCAUUCAACCAAUCAAAACCUUACUUGCUGAAUCAUGCCAGUGAUUUGAAAAGAAUUUGAGAACAUUCGGGAUUAUGCCGAGGGUAUAUGAAAUGAUUUGGGUGAAUUACGAAGU